AAUACAAAAACGUGAAACUUCCGUUUGUAAAUAAACAGAAAAAUUGUUGACUUUUUGCGUGUAAGAAGUUUUGUUUGUCUUUUAAGCGAUAUACCGACCACGUAUUAUUCACGAUGGCUGAUUUAGAUUUAGCAAUGUAUGAGCAGCAUGAUGCUGGCCCAGGCUUUGUUGGAAUCAGGUUUUGUAAAGAAUGCAAUAAUAUGUUAUAUCCUAAAGAAGACAAAGAAAGUAAAAUUCUACUUUAUGCUUGUCGUAACUGUGAUUAUCAACAAGAAGCAGACAACAGAUGUAUUUAUGUCAACAAAAUUAUGCAUGAAGUCGAUGAAUUAACACAGAUUGUUGGGGAUGUAACAUCUGACCCUACACUACCUAGAACAGAAGAUCAUCCGUGCCCUAAAUGUCAACAUAAAGAAGCUGUAUUCUUUCAGUCACACAGUGCUAAUGCUGAGGAAGGAAUGCGACUGUAUUACGUUUGUGCUAAUUCUCAGUGUUUACAUAGAUGGACAGAGUAAAACAGACCUCUAAAUUUUUAUCAAGAGAUAUAAAUAUACUGUAUAAUUGACUCAACGUGAAAAGUAAACUGAAAAAACAUCACUGUUUUACAGGUACAUAUAGACGUGUACAAGAAAAUGUUUUAUAUGGGCCUAAAAAAAUUUAUAACUGUGAGGAGAAUAUGCAACCAUUUGCUUUUACAAAGUUCAAAGAUAUUGAAAAAAUUGAUUUGAUGAUGAGAUAUUAGCGAUCAUAACCACUGUGGACGUGUAGAAAAAUUCUGUUAUAGAAUUCCAGACAUUGUUUUGUCUAUACUAACAUUUCAGUCGUUGUCACCAUCUCAUCACAAAAUAAAAAGAAAAGAAACUUA